GAGCUGACUCCUGAGAGCAGAUGGAUUGGAAGCUGUGGAACCAUGGUUACCAUUUCUGAACCGGACCCUGGAGUCUCUGAGGAACCUGAGGACACGCCUUGGGAACCCAGGAAGAGAAGAUCUGCUGAUAGAGCAAAGAGGAAGGCUAAGUUCCGAAGCCGUAGAAGCCGUCAGAGAGUAACCAUGGUCACCAUCUCUGAACCGGACUCUGGAGCCUCUGAGGAACCUGAAGACACGUCUUUGGACCGGGAGGAGACCAGGAAGAGGAGAUUAGCUCUAUGCUUUCACAUCACUGUCAUUGUGAGCAUCGGACUGCUGAGUAUUCUCCUCAUCUCCCUGCGCUUCAACUCACCGUCACCUUGGAAGGAGGGGAGAGAGCAGUUACUGGAUGAACUUGAUGAAUUGGCACUUCGUGGCUGGAUGUUUCACGACGAGAGUGUCUACCUUAUUUCUACUACUAAGAAGAACUGGACGGCCAGCAGAGAAGACUGUCUGCAGAGAAACGCAGACCUGGUGGUUAUCGACAGCAGAGAAGAACAGGAACAGGUUUUCAGGUUUGUCAGCAGAUUGAUGGGUACUUCCUGGCUAGGACUGAGUGAUCGAGACACAGAGGGGACCUUCAAGUGGGUGGAUGGUACCCCCAUGACCUCAAGUUGGAGACACGGUAAACCACGCGUUGACGGCGGAGCAAAAUACUGUGUCGUAGCAGGGGAGGACGGCUGGUCCGAAGAACCGUGUGACAGACUGCACCACUGGAUCUGUGAGAAGGCCAUACACCUGGAUCAUCUGCAGGCUGGGCGAAACAAAGAGGCCAACAAUUUGGCCUCCCAUCAAACAGAGUCCAACAAUUUUACAGGGUCAGCGAUGCCCACGGAGGAGGAGGAGGAGGAGGAGGAGGAGGAGGAGGAGGCCCCCAACAUCACAGAGUUCCACUCCUCUAACCAGGUGUUGCCCUUGGGCCAAAUGGCCCGCUACACCUGCCACGCCGGCGGCACGCCGGAGCCCACCGUCGAGUGGCUCCACAACGGCAGGCCCCUGGAGAGGGACGGCACAGACGACCAAUCAGAGGCCUGGGUGGAGAGGGGGUUCCUCUUCGUAAGAGGUGUGAGGUCUGGUGUGAACACGGUCUGCUGCAUGGCGAGCAACAGCGCUGGCACGGCCAAUCACAGCGCUGAGCUGCUUGUCUUUGAUGCCUGUGAACUCACAUUGGACCCCAACACGGCCAACCGAGAACUCUAUCUGUCUGAGGACAACAGGAAGGUGAAGCGGGAUGGAAGGGACCAUUCGUAUCUGGAUCACCCAGAGAGAUUUGACUCCCAGGCUCAGGUGUUGGGUAGAGAGGCUCUGACUGGCCGCUGUUACUGGGAGGUAGAGAGGGAAGGAGAUGUUUUUAUAGGAGUGACUUACAGAGGAAUCAAAAGGAGAGGAGGGGGUUAUGACAGCCUGCUUGGAGCGAACAACAAGUCCUGGAGUCUUGAUUGUUAUGAUCAUGGUUACUAUGCCUGGUACAACAAUACAGAGACAUUCAUAGGUCUCCCACCCCCCUCUGGCUCCACCAGAGUAGGAGUGUAUCUGGACCGGCCUGCUGGCACUCUGUCCUUCUACAGAGUGUCCCCAGGUGGAGGAGGGUCCUCAGACACACACAUCCACACCUUCCAGUCCACCUUCACCCAGGAGGACCUCCUCCCUGGGGUUGUGUUAGCGGGGGGUGCUUCAGCGUCUUUGUAUCAGUUGUAGAAAAGGGUCUCUCUCUCUCUCUCUCUCUCUCUCUCUCUCUCUCUCUCUCUCUCUCUCUCUCUCUCUCUCUCUCUUAUGAAGACUUUUAAGAUUUUCCAUUGAUAGAUAAGCACAUUUAUUAUUGGAAAUGUACAUAAAAUACCUAUUGAUGGUAAAUGUUUCAGACAUCCCCAGUUUUGGUCUUAAGGGCUCUGAUAUAAUUUUUUUCAUAUUCCUGAUUUACACCUGAUUUAAAGCAGAUUUCAUAUUCUAUUCAUAAAAACCAAGAGGUCUGUUGGAUAAUGUUGCAUGUUGUCAAUUACUUUAAGCUGAAUCUUGAUUUUUUGUGUUUUGUUGGGAACCAAACGGCCGUAGAACACAACAGAUCAGUUAUUAAAGAAACGUGCACACCUGUUGAUGAUUUGUAAAGUCUGCUGCUUCUAUUGUUUUAGUCCUCGUGUUUAUUGUGUGCAUGUAAGGGACUAUUUCUCUAUUGUGUUUGUUAAUGAAGCAUAAUUGUAAUGAACCAUUAUUGUUUUAUUAGUAAAUAAUGCUUACAUAAAUGCCUUAAGAAUAAUGAUAGAUUAAUCAGAAACAACAAAUGUUUUUCCGAUAUUAUUCUCUGACCUCCUCCCUGGGGUUUGGUUGGGGGGGGGGGGGGGGGGGGGGUGCCUUAGUGUCUCUGUCGGUUGUAGAAAGAAACCACAGACGUGUACUUAACUAUACUCCAAAUGCUACAUUUUAUGGGGCUUCUGAAAAGUUGAUCACGAUAAACCAUGAAAGGAAGACACUUUUAAGAUCUUCCAUAGGAUUAGCCAAGUUAUUAAUAUUUAAUGUAGUUGACAUGUGUAUUAAAUACCUAUUGAUGGUAAAUCACAUGGUUUUUAUACUACAAUAUUUGUACAUUUUCAGGCAUGAACAGUUUUGGAUUGGAGGACUAUGAUGUCAUUAUUUUUGUCAUAAUCCUAAAAAGGAACCUGAUUAAAGCAGAUUUUAUAUUUUAUUCAUAAUAACCAAGAGCUCUGAGGGAUAAUGUUGUAAAUUACUUUAAGCUGAAUUUUUCUGGUGUAUUUGUUAAUGAAGCAUAAUUGCAAUAUGCAACUCAGUUGAUCCAACAGUGUGUGUUCAGCCGAUAAUCAUUCUCGUUUUAUUAGUAAAUAAUGCUUGCAUAUGCGCCUUAAUAAUAAUAUUAUAUUGAUCAAAAAUUAGAAAUAAAACAAAUGUUUUUACGAUAUACGGGGGUGCCUCAGUGUCUCUGUGUCAGUUGUAGAAAGAAACCACAGAGAGACGGCCGGACACACACUAUGUGAGAGAGAGAGAGGUGAUUGAGAAGAGGAGAGAGAGUAAGAAAGUAUUUUAUUGUCUCUCUCACAAGAGAAAUUUGCUUUAGGCACACCGAGAGCAUCGGCGAUGCAUACAUAAAAAAUUGACAUAGACAAUUAUAAAAACACGAAAGAUGAAACACAUAGCAU